ACACUAAAAAAACAAAUGGAAGAAACAUUAGUACUAAUUGUAGGAGCAGGUCCUGCAGGAAUUGCCAUUGCUGCAUGCCUAGCAAAAAAAUCUAUUUCCUACAUUCUUCUCGAACGAGAAGAUUGUUGCGCUUCACUUUGGAAGAAACGAGCUUACGAUCGAUGCCAUCUUCAUCUAGCCAAAGAAUUUUGCUCCUUACCCUAUAAGUCGCAUACCCUCGAAGCCAACAAAUAUAUGGCUAAGGAUGAUUUUAUAAAGUACGUAGAUGAUUAUGUAUCGGUCUUUGAUAUUAGGCCACGGUACUUUCACUCUGUAGAAUCUGCAUCUUUUGAUGAAGCCAAAGGAAAGUGGUUAGUUGAAGCAAAAGACAUUUUAUUAAAUGUGACUAAAGUUUUCGUUGCAAGUUUUUUGGUUGUUGCAACGGGUGAAAAUAGCAAAGGUUACAUUCCUAAUAUUCCUGGGUUGAAUAAUUUUAAGGGAAAUGUUAUGCAUUCUAGUGAGUACAAGUCUGGUAACAAGUUUCAAGAUAAAGAUGUUUUGGUCGUUGGAUGUGGAAAUUCUGGAAUGGAGAUUAGUUAUGAUCUCUUUAAUUUUGGAGCCAACACUUCGAUUGUUAUUAGAAAUCCGGUUCAUGUGCUUACAAGAGAAAUGAUUUGCGUGGGAAUGCAUUUACUGAAAUACUUUGGUUUAUCACUAGUGGACACUUUGAUUACUCUUGCUGGGAAAUUUAAGUAUGGAGAUUUGUCAAAAUAUGGCAUUCAUCGCCCAAACAAAGGCCCCUUUUUACUUAAAGCAACGACGGGAAGAAGCUCUGUUAUUGAUGUGGGAACUGUUGCCAAAAUUCAAUCAGGAGAAAUUAAGGUUUUACCCGGAGUAGUAAGCAUUGAUGAGAACAAAAUCGUGUUUGAAAAUAAUGUUGAAUCACAUUUUGAUGCAAUAAUAUUCGCAACCGGAUUUAAAAGCACGACGUGUGAGUGGCUUAAGGAUUAUGACUUUAUCCUAAAAGACGAUGGAUUUCCGAAAGAACGCUUUCCAAAUCAUUGGAAAGGAAAGAAUAAAGUGUAUUGUGCUGGAUUGUCAAGGAUGGGACUCCAAGGUGUAUCAAGAGAUGCCAUAGCCAUUGCUAAUGAUAUUGAGGUUGUUUUACGAUCUGUGAUAUCGCAUGAAGAUUUUUAAGUUACUUUAAAUAUAUCCAGAAGAAGAAGAAAAACAUUGUUGUAAACUCAAAAAUCUCCUUUUUUUUUCUCUGUAAUUAUAGUACUCUCCUUUUAGGCCUAGCCUAGAUUUGGGGCUUGUUCAACUCUUAACAUGACAUGAACAUUUUGGUGGAAUCUCAAAGAUAUGAUGACAUUUACGCUAUUAGAUAAUACAUUCUUUUAAAAUUAA